AUGUUCGAAUACGAUGACUGGGAGUACGGAACACCUUCGUGCUCAUUCCAGGAUGAAGCGCGCUUUCCCUACGCUGACGGUGUGGCCGGCCCACCUGAAAGCCACACGUUUCAAAAGCCGUUUAGUUCAACCUUCCAUGCUAGCACCGUAUUUGCACAAGAUUCUCUGGGACGACAUGUUGUCCUCAAGAUUGUUGAAGGAAAUUCGGAGGAGUACAAGAUUCUCAACUUCCUGCUUACGCAAGUCGACUGGUCCGAUGUCGACAACUUCCCUUGUGUAAUUCCUGUGCUCCGUCUUCUCCCGUAUGAGGAGAACUGGCUAGCAGUCAUGCCCAGAUGGGGCUCCAAUCCCAGCGCUCCUUGGUUCGCGACAUGCUCAGAAGUCCUCGACGCUAUUCAUGGCUACUUGCAGGGUCUUGCGUUUCUCCACGAGCACCGGAUAUUUCACCGAGAUCUCGACUUCCCAAACCUCUUUGUCAACCACUUCUGCUGUCCAGAAUGCUCACACGACAACACUUUUAGGCAUGCCUUGAGAAAGCAGGGCCGUGCAAAAUACGCCAUCGCUGACUUCAACCUGUCUAUGAUGUUGGAACCAGGCACCUCUCUGCGAGACUAUCGACUUCCGGUCUCAGAUGCCUAUGGAGUACAUGAGAAGCCGCACGAAGUGCAUUACGCGCAGCCUGACUUCAAUCCUUUCGCGUACGAUGUCGGUGCGCUUGGGAUACAGUUCCGUUACGAGUACGGUCACCUUUCUUCUGAGAUUCCUAUCCUUGCGCCAUUGUUGGGAGGUAUGACCACCUACGACAUUGAAAAACGGUUCACCGCUGCGGCUGCGCUGGCAUUUCUGGACGACAACCGCAAGCACCUUAGUGAAGAGCAACUCUCUGCGGUUCCAUCGCAGGAUACCGACCACGAUAUUGCAACUCUCCCGUGGGACCUGCGUGACAUGUGGUCUGGACUUUCGGCUGAACACCUUGCAAGAUGGGGUCUAUACCGAGAAACAAGGCCUAAUAUUUUUGAACGAGCAGUGCUUGGAUGGCUGUGUCGUCGAGAGUGGGGUUGGACGCUUGUGUUCCAUGUGCGUCUAUUCUGCAGACAUUUAUUGUCCUUUGCCUCCGCCUCGUUCUCCCUGAGCUCGUCACUGCGGAUAUGGUUUAACCAACAGAAAUUAUUUCAUUACGACGGCAAAUGUCGCUAG